AUGCGCGCAGCUACUACCAAGAUCUUGUCCGGUGCUACGGCGCUGCUGCUCGGCGGCACGGCCUCUGCUUCUCCGGCGACGCCUUCUCCCACACUCAGCACCCGCGAAGUUCAGCCUGGCGUCCCCAUCUACGGCUGUACGGUUCCGGGCACCAUUGCUCUUGCGUUCGACGAUGGGCCGUACAUCUACACCGGAGAAGCGCUCGACAUACUCAAAGAGGCUGGCCUGCCGGCUACAUUCUUUGUGAAUGGCGCCACCUGGUCUCCAAUCGUCAACAAUGCUCGGGAGAUCCAGCGGAUCCUGACUGAAGGUCACCAGCUCGCUUCCCACACCUGGACUCAUGCGCGCCUGACAGAUCUCAACGCGACAGAAGUCAGAGCUGAGAUGGUGACGCUCGAAGAGACGCUUCUGAGCAUGGUCGGAAAAUAUCCCACCUACAUGCGGCCUCCAUUCCUCGCAUGGAACGACGAGGUCCUGUCCGUCAUGCGCUUCCUCGGCUACAAGGUCAUCUCGAACAACCUCGACACGGUCGACUGGGACAACAACACGCCCGAGACGUGGCCGAACGCGGUUGCCAACUUCAAGGCCGCGCUUGACGCGGGCGGCUCCCUCGUGCUUUUCCACGACGUCCACCAGACGACUGUAGAGAAUCUGCUGCCCGAGAUGAUCAAGAUUGUCAAGGAGCGGGGUCUGAAGGCCGUCACGGUGGGAGAAUGCCUCGGCGAUCCCAAGGAGAACUGGUACUCCUCUGCUCCCCGCAACGGCUCAGAGCCUCUGCCGCCCGUCGAGACGCCCACAAACCCCCCCGUGUAUGGCCCCAACGGCUCCUGCGCCGGCCCAGAGCUGUACCAGUGCCCGCCAGGUCAGUGCUGCAGCCAGUACAACUACUGCGGGUUCACCGCCGACUACUGCGCCGCCGGGUGCCAGCCAUUGUACGGCCGCUGUGAUUAG